AACCUAGAUGUUUCCAGUACAACAAAAAACAACAUUGGAAAAAUAUAAUUUAAGCAUGAGGUUAGAGAAAGUAGCAAAUAAUUGUCUAUUAAUAGCUAAUUGUGUACAUAACAUUUUUGUAUUGCAAGCUGAACUAACAGAGUUAUCUGAAUAUUACUUACAGAUUUAUCUCCGCUACGUAGUACUCAAUUUCAUUGAGCAAAAUGAGGUCGAGGUGGCACCAUCCUCAUGGCUAGAGUGGAUCGAUGGGGUACUGUUUUGCUAUUGGCCCAAUUCAAAUGUUGGGACCAAGGUCAAAAAAUGUGCCAUUCGAGACGAACACCUCUGGACAAAAUAUGCAGUCAGAGUAUUUUCUGACACAGACAAUUACAACCUGGCCAGAUACCGGGUCCAAAAAGCAAUGGAAACCUCUCAUGUUGAGGACUCUGAUGAAAACAGUGUACGAAAGAUCAUCCCACCAAGACGAUUCAGAGAAGAAGAAAUCCAGCCCAGAAGAGCACAACACUUUCAGGAGGACAGUGAAUCAUCCCAAGGUGAAAUCAAUGAGCUGUCCAGCUUGAGAGCAAAGAAAACCCAAAAACGGUCAAGAUCGACACCAAUUAGAUCUGAGUCUGAGGAGCCUGAUGAAGAUGAAGUACAACCUAUAACAAAAAUAACAAAAAGGUCUAUAUUGCCUGAAGCACCUCGCUUUUCAUCUCCUUCAUCACAACUGCAGCCACAUCAGUCCAUUUCUGCCAACUUUCAGAAUCAAGGGAGUGUGAAUGAUCCACAAUCUCUUCGAGAUGAAAUAUACAAGUUAUUUGAGAAUUUGGAGAGGAGAAUCAUACUGAAACUAGACGCAAUCGAGGAAAACAUCACAUCAGCAUUCAGAAUGCAGAAUAUGAGGCAGCCAAGCACCUCUGUCUCUGAUCUCACAGAGGUGCUAGAGGAACCCUGUGAGACUGUGGAGGAAUUAGAAGAGCUCUGUGAGAAGCUAAAGGAUGCUGACCUUCGAAAGAAGAUGAUUCGUUAUCUGUGUCUUCAGAGUGGAGGCACCUUGGGAGAUGGAAUAAGGAGAAUGUUAAAAAAAAUUGGAGAUAACUCUUUAUGGACACACUAUAGCUACAAAGGGAGAAAGGGAAAGCUUAAAUUUCAGCAGCUCCUAAUUAAUGAUGUGAUCAUACGUGCAUGCAGUAAGGCAUAUCCACACCAAAAAAGCCAGAGUGUGGAGGAAAUGAUUGCUGUGACCCUGAAACAUGCCCCAGAUCGUGCAAAAACAGCAAAUCAGGUUAGAAGCCAACAGGAAGGAUUUCCAUCGGAGUAACCCCGGCCACAGCUGACAACCAGGUCCAGAGACCAUGCAGACCCCCC